AUGAGCCACGCUGUGCGUGAUGCUGUGACAACACCAGAAGACAUGUCCUGGGAUCCAGCAAGCUCUAUACCUACCUUGAUUGGUAGCUUACUUUCUCUCCUUGCAACCGCCACAGUCAUUCUGCUCUGGAUCUUCGCUGGCGGGAAGAAGAGGCGCGAUUUUCGCUAUGCUCUGAUCUUGAACCUGACAGUCGCUGAAUUUCUAAACGCCCUCAACAAUUCCGUCUCGGGUAUCGCCGUGGUCGCAAGACGAGAACCUUUGUUGCCGGGUACCGCAUGUACAUUCAACGGCUUGGCUGGACAGUUCUCAGUGCAGGCCGUCGACUUCUCUAUCCUUGCCAUUACGCUCGUCACGCUGCUUACGAUCCAACUUCGUUCUUUCAUUAUUUACGCUUCCACCGCCACCAAGCUGUGCAUAUGCCUAUCCAUUUGGAUGGUUCCACUUUGCACGAGUAUCAUUGCCUGGACGAAAGGCUAUUAUGGCCCCGUAUCUGGCAACUGGUGCUGGAUCGAAAAGCGAUACUUCCGACAACGCUACAGCCUCAAUCACGGUUGGCGCUUCGCCAUCUUCCUCAUCUCCUUGUGCACCUACGUCUACGUUUUCAUCUACAUGAGUCGCCGUCUCCGACCCCAGAACCUUUCCAACCUCAGCUCGACCAUCCCAGACGAAGUGGACUACGAGGAGCUCGACAGCAAGACCCGAGACAACGCUGUACUGGCUGGUUGUGGCGCCACACCGCGCAUCAGUCUCGACCAGGUCCAAGCUUCCCGCGCUCCCACACAAGCCGAGAAGAAACAUCGCCGCGCUGUAAGCAGCUUCAGUUUCGCCCGCAAACUUGAAGUCGACACUGCCGCUCAGCCCAUUCGUGGUGAUCUCACCGCCCAGCCCAUCCGUGGUGAUCUCACCGCCCAGCCCAUCCGUGGUGAUCUCACCGCCCAGCCCAUCCGUGGUGAUCUCACCGCCCAGCCCAUCCGUGGUGAUCUCACCGCCCAGCCCAUCCGUGGUGAUCUCACCGCCCAGCCCAUCCGUGGUGAUCUCACCGCCCAGCCCAUCCGUGGUGAUCUUACCGCCCAGCCCAUCCGUGGUGAUCUCACCGCUCAGCCCAUCCAUGGUGAUCUCACCGCUCAGCCACCUUACAUUGACGAAAUCACCUCGCCGCAGGAGACCUAUGCUCUUGUCGACCUCGAGAAGGGUCCAUCACCUGCCCCUCCAGAGCCACCACUCACCGCGCUACCAAUCCGCAGCGUAGCCACUCGCCCGGAAAAUCAACCCAAAUUCGACCGCGAGAUUUGGAAAAUGCUCUUGCUCAACAUGUAUCCUGUUACCUACCUGAUUUUGUGGCUCCCGGGUAUCUCAAACCGCAUUGCAGAAGGCAUGGGGCAUGAUAUACGCACACUGGUUAUCCUGCAAAGUUCAACCCAGUUUAUUGGACUCGCAAACGCUACAGUCUACAUUUACAAAGAACAUCGGCGUGAUAUACGGGAAUGGUGGAGCGGGGUCAAGGAGAGGAAAUCAGAAAAGGCUGUCAGGAUAGAGGACGUCCGUCGUGAUGACGGGAGUGGGGGGGUUAGGCACUGGAGCCCUGUCUCGUCUUAG